AUGACUGAAUUAGACUUGAAGAAUAAUCAGAUUCGCAGUGACAUCACAGCCAAAGAUGAGAAAACUGCUCUGGUUGCAGCUGAGAGAAGUCUGCUCAAAGGGAAUCUCAGUACUACUGCAUACCAGAAGACUAUGCUGGAGUUUAACAAGACCCAACUGCAGGGAGCUAUCGAUUCGGUUGCAGAGCAAAACACUUUACUGCUGGCAGAGAGCGAUCAGCUCCUUAUCAACAUAAACAACAACACUGAACAAAGAGCCACUCUGAACAGUGAACUGGAUCAGCUAAGUUGCUACUACUUCUCAAAUGACACCAGAAGCUGGUUUGAUAGUCACAUCUUCUGUCGGGCACACGGAGCCGAUCUGGUCAUCAUUGAAGAACAGGAUGAACACGUUUACCUGACCAGCAAAAUUAAAGAACAUAUGGACUUCCUUCCAGAAUGGAAUGGAACUUGGAUUGGGUUGUCAGACAUGUUUAGAGAAGGCACUUUCACUUGGGUGAAUAACAAAAUUCUGUAUGAUCCAAACAGAAUACAACAGUGGGUACAGCAAAUGCAGGAUGACCUGGUGAGUUUGAUUGACACGGAGAGUGGCAUGCAGAACCUUAUACAGAUCUACCAGAAUCAUAAGAAACACUACAGUGUGGAAUUCAACAAUGCUACUGAGCUAGUGUCAAAUGCAGCCCGAAACAUUGAAAAACUCCUGCUCAAUCGUUCAGAGGCUCUUCACAGACUGGCAAAAGCUGCAGAGGAAUUUCAGAUGGUGCACCAGUGGAACGAUGGAAUUGAGGAAAAACACGUUUCUUAUUACAAUGCUAAGGACUCUCUUAACUCAAGCAAAAAAGAUAAUGAAGAAAUUCAAAGUCGGAUCACGCCAGAGUUUCACGAGGACCCUACCUUCAAGCGACUCAUAUCCUACAACCAGUCAGCAGUUCAUAUUCCCACAGAUAUAUACGAAGGCUCCACCAUAGUUCUGAAUGAGCUUAACUGGACAGCAGCUCUGGAUGAAGUCUUUAAGGCAAACAAGGAAGAAGACCCCUCACUCCUUUGGCAGGUGUUUGGCAGUGCCACGGGCCUGGCCCGAUACUAUCCAGCCUCUCCGUGGAAAAAGAGCAGAACUAAAAGGAUUGAUCUGUAUGACGUACGACGCAGACCGUGGUACAUUCAGGGAGCUGCAUCACCCAAGGACAUGCUGAUCCUGGUGGAUGCGAGUGGGAGUGUAUCUGGGCUGACACUGAAACUGAUUCGUACCUCAGUCAUCACCAUGCUAGAGACUCUCUCCGAUGAUGACUACGUUAAUGUGGUCCAGUUUAAUGAGGAAGCAAACACAGCAACCUGUUUUCAGAACCUGGUCCAAGCCAACGUUCGCAACAAGAAGGCUCUGAAGGAAGCGGUAGAGAACAUCACUGCAAAGGGCAUCACCAAUUACAAAGGUGGCUUUGAAAUGGCCUUCCAGCAGCUAGCUGUCCAGAAUGUGUCACGAGCAAACUGCAACAAAAUCAUCAUGCUGUUCACGGAUGGAGGGGAGGAAAGAGCAUCAGAGAUCUUUGCCAGAUAUAACUCAGGAAAGCAGCAGGUUCGCAUAUUCACCUUCUCAGUGGGUCAGCACAACUAUGACAAAGUCCCAAUCCAGUGGAUGGCCUGUACAAAUAAAGGAUACUAUUAUGAGAUUCCGUCCAUUGGUGCCAUUAGAAUCAACACUCAGGAGUACCUUGAUGUGUUGGGCAGGCCCAUGGUGAAAGCAGAUGAACUUGCCAAGAAAGUUCAGUGGACCAAUGUCUACAUGGAUGCUCUGGACUUGGGCCUUGUGAUUACAGGGACCCUACCAGUUUUCAAUAAGACUGACAUGAGGGAUCCCAAAAAUAAGAAUAAGGAUCAGAAUCAACUAAUUCUGGGAGUGAUGGGCAUAGACGUCUCUCUGGAGGAUAUCAAAGUGUUAACACCAGGCUUCACUUUUGGACCAAAUGGGUACUACUUUGCCAUCGACCCCAACGGAUAUGUUCUGCUACAUCCCAACCUUAAACCAGAGAACUUUACAUUUCAUGAACCCGUGACCUUGGACUUUCUGGAUGCAGAACUGGAGGACGAGAUUAAAGUGGAGAUUAGAAAGAGCAUGAUUAAUGGGGAAAAGGGCGAUCGUAACUUUUCUACACUUGUGAAGUCCCAGGAUGAGAGGUACAUAGACCGAGGUCGCAGAACUUACACCUGGGGCCCUGUUAAAGAUACUGGCUACAGUCUUGCUUUGGUCCUACCGGAUUACAGUCUUCAUUACAUCCAGCCAAGAAUUGGAGACACCAUCACUCAGGCCAAAUUUUCUGAAAGCUUGCAGGUGGACAACUUUGAAGAAUAUGGAUACACCUUUGUAGCUGCAAGAGAUUACUGCAAGGAUCUGAAACCAUCUGGUAACAACACAGAGUUUCUCAUCAACUUCAAUGAAUACAUUGACAGGAAAACACCCAAUGACCCACUGUGCAAUGCAGUCCUGGUAAACAGACUGCUACUGGAUGCUGGAAUCACCUCUGAACUUGUUAAACAUUGGAGCCAGCAGUCAGUGAAUGACAGGAUAAUUUCCAAAUUUGUGGCCACAGAUGGAGGAAUCACAAGAGUCUACCCAAGCAGUGCUGGCCCGGACUGGACCAAGAAUGUAGAAACAUAUGCAGAAACAUAUGAGUUCAGCUUCUACAAAAGGAACCUAGACAACGAUCUUUAUGUAUUUACACCAUCAGUUUACGUAGACAACAAUACUGAAAGUUCCAUUUUAGUCAGUAAAGCUGUAGAUUUGGAUAUUGAUGGAGUCAGACUCAAACCAGCAGUGGUUGGGGUUCAACUGGACAUAAACAGAUGGGUAGAUGUCUUCAUAAAUGCUACAAUGAAGACAGAUCCCUCACGAUGUAAAGAAGAGAUCUGUGGCUGUCGAAGAAAUGAUGCGGAAAUUGACUGUGUUCUACUGGAUGACGGGGGUUUCCUGGUCAUGUCCAAUCAGGAUGAUUAUAUCAGUCAGAUUGGGCAGUUCUUCGGUGUGAUUGACCCUAUACUAAUGAAGAACCUGCUCAACAUGUCCUUGUUCUCCUUCAAGAAAACCUAUGACUACCAGUCAGUGUGUCCUCCUAAAAGAGAACCUAAAGCAGCUGCUGGCCCUCGGUCUGUGUAUGUUCCCACCAUAGUGGAUAUACUGAAUGUGGGUUGGUGGGCGUCUGCUGCUGCAUGGUCAAUACUGCAGCAGUUGUUUGUUAGCAUAACAUUUCCCAGUUUCCUGGAAGCAGCGGAGCCGGAUGAUGACCUCUCUGAUUCUGAAUCUCUGGAGAGUUGUAUUACGGAGCAAACUCAGUACUUCUUUGAAAACAAUGACAGAACAUUCAACUCAAACAUUGAUUGUAAAGACUGCACCAGGCUUUUUCAUGCGGAGAAACUCUGGAAAACAAACCUAGUAUUUGUCAUCGCAGAAGCUAAGGAAACCUGCCAAAGCUGUGAUAAAAGUCCACUGAUCCAGGCCGAGCAGCCUUCCACAGGUCCAGAUCCCUGCCUGUCAUCCCACAGUCCCCGCUACCGGAAGGGUCCAGACGUCUGCUUUGACAACAAUGAAAGUGAACAAGAUGUUGACUGUGGGGGGGCAUCUGGCCUGAGCCCGCCCCUGUGGUCCAUAGCCAUCCUGCAGCUGCUACUUCUUUGGCAGCUCAUUGGACUCGGACACUGCCUAUCAUGA